AUGGAGAGGGAGAAAGACAGGUUUGGCGCUGAUGACUUUAGGCAAGGUCUCGAGGUUCUGGACCAUGAGAUGGGUAAGGAUGACUGGCUCAUCGCCUUCGGCCCCAUAACCCUCAUCUCGACUGGAGGUUUCCUGGCGACGAAUUUUUUCCGGAAUCGAGAAAGCACAGGAGACAUAGACUACCUCCUGGAGCCGCAAUGGGCCCACGACAAUGACAUAAAAAAGCCAUUGCAGAAUGCGAUAACCCGAGCGGCCCGACAUCUUGGAUUCAUCGACGACUGGGUCAACGAAGAACUAGCCUUCUUCGUGCCGGACCAAUUCCGCCAGCUCCUGUUCGAGAAGGCUGAGGAGCAGAACAUCGUUCUGUGGGAAGGCACAUAUCUUCGUGUUCUCGCUGUGCCGCUGGAGUGGGCGCUUGAACGGAAGUUACGGCGCAUCCAUAAUAGCAGAAGGCAUGCCAAGCGGGGAUCUGAUAUCGCCGAUGUGCUUGCAAUUCUGAGGCAUCUGCGGGAGCAGAAUAACGGACCUUUGGAGAAGGAGUAUAUCCGGACCCUGAAUAUCUGCUCCUUUGAGGUCCCGCCUGACCAGGCAACGAUGAAUGAGAUCGCCGCUGCUUAUCGAGAAAAAUACAAUGAGGAGGCUUUUGUCUGA